CUUGAAGGGCCGGGUUUAACUUUCUCAGCAGAGAAGUGAAACCGUAUCACAUUUCUGUCUGACGCUUCAGGGACUCACUCUCCAUAUGGAUUUCUAUAACUUCAUGCUGCAUUUACUUAUUUUUGCUUCUCUUGGAUGCUAUUCCGAGGGCAGUCUGCUUCUCAAUAACAAAAUCAACGGCGUUAUAGGUAAAUAUGUGACCUUCAAGACAACAAUCACCUUAACACCGAAUUUUGUAAUCGUAACAUGGAAUUUCAACAAAGGUUCAGAAAUUGCACCGAUACUUACGAGCAUUGUGCCAUCAAACACCGACAACGUUGAUGAGAAAUACGCCAGCAGAAUCAGCUACAAUAAGACGACGUUCGAGCUUCAGCUUGGGCCACUGGUGAAGGAGGAUGGAGGGGAAUAUACUCUCACUAUAGUCACUGACAAGGGACAGCAACUGACCGGACAGGUUGAUCUGGAGGUUCUUGAACCCGUAACUGACAUCAUGAUUUCAUCUAAUCUGCCUGAAGCUGUUGAGUUCAACAACACUGUGCAUCUUACCAGUCCGCUUCUCAAUAACAAAAUCAACAGCGUUAUAGGUAAAUAUGUGACCUUCAAGACAACAAUCACCUUAACACCGAAUUUUGUAAUCGUAACAUGGAAUUUCAACAAAGGUUCAGAAAUUGCACCGAUACUUACGAGCAUUGUGCCAUCAAACACCGACAACGUUGAUGAGAAAUACGCCAGCAGAAUCAGCUACAAUAAGACGACGUUCGAGCUUCAGCUUGGGCCACUGGUGAAGGAGGAUGGAGGGGAAUAUACUCUCACUAUAGUCACUGACAAGGGACAGCAACUGACCGGACAGGUUGAUCUGGAGGUUCUUGAACCCGUAACUGACAUCAUGAUUUCAUCUAAUCUGCCUGAAGCUGUUGAGUUCAACAGCACUGUGGUUCUUACCUGCUCUGCCAAAGGCUCCUUUACCUACAAGUGGAAGAGCGGUUCAGUUCCUUUGGUGGUGGAUGGCACACGCAUGAAGCUAAACCAAGUCGGCAAUGUGCUAACUGUUGCAGAAGUUCGCCGAACAGAUCUGCAAGGACCCAUUUACUGCACUGCAGAAAAUGCAUUGAAAUCAGGGAGGAGUGCUGCCUUCAAUCUCACAGUGAGCUAUGGCCCAAAGAAAGUCAGCAUAACACAGAAUACAACAGAUUCGUUCAUUAAGAAAGGCUCUUACUUAACCCUCGCAUGCUCAGCCCAGUCUGACCCUCCCGCUCAGUUCCAGUGGAUGUUUAAUGGGCAGGAGAUGCCUCAGAAGACCACUGUCAACAUUACCCUCACCAAUGUACAGGAAAUAAACAGUGGAAACUACAGCUGUGUGGCCUACAACGCGAAGACCAAGCGCUACGUUACCUCACCGGUUGCUGUGGUGUCUGUUCUAGAUUGGCCAAGGUUUCAGACGCAGAAUUUGACCAACUUCUGCUUGGAAUGAUCUAUCAGUAUGAAGCAGAGAUGUUCCUGACAAGUCCCUGCGAUCCAAAUCCAAGUCAAGUCUCAAGUUUUUGUUCUAUUUUUUAGCAAUAGUUUUUUGUAGAUACUUUGUAGAUACACUGUAUGAGGCUAAAUCAAUUUUGAAAUCUUAAAACUAAUUACUUCUACAGAAUGUCUUGUUUGUUUAUUCCAGAUAGACUAAUAUGCACAAUCAAAAACUAUUAGUUUAAAACUAUUGCAUUUGAUCCAUGUAAUUACAAAAAAAAGGACAUACAUUUUUUGUGUUUAGUUGUAAAUGCAUGAACCCAAGUAUUAAAUUAAUCAAUUUGAACUAAAAUUCCAAAAUCUAUGCAUGUCUUAUGUCGAGUGCCUAAUUUGUGUGCUUGUAAUUUGUGCAGAUAAUCAGUAUGCAAAUGAUGAAUGAAUAUGUUUAUUGAAAGGUAAUAAAUGGAAAUAGUUAACAUUCAUUAAACUGUUGGCAUUUUUUAUUUUAAAUAUGGUGUAAAAUGGUAAAGUAAAAAUUAAAGUAAAGGGAGGGGGUGGGUUUGUACUAGUGUGUGACACUUCUUCUUUUUUAACUGACACAUGCCUGAAAUGCUGACGUGUGGUUUUACAGUGAAACUGUAGUUCAAAAAUAAAUGUGUAAUACAGGUGUCUGCCUCUUGAAUGUCAUUUUACAUUUUUUUUUUAACAAUUUAUCUGUUUGAUUAUUGUGUGCAAUUAUUAUUAUUGUGCUC